ACUGCACAAAGAAAAAGAAAAACAAUUAGUUUGUCUUUUUGACACAUUUUUUAGUGCGUAGCUAACUGUAGAAUAUUUGAAUUUAGAUCAAAAUGUCGACUUUUUUUCACCAAGCAGGAACUGCAAUGGAAUGUCUCAGCAUUCCCAUAACUUUACACAAAGAAUCUGUCCUAGAUCAUGAAGGAAGAGAAGUGCAUAGGUGUGGCUUUAAAAUAGGAGGAGGAAUCGACCAGGACUUCAGAAAAAGUCCUCAAAACUAUUCCGAUAAUGGAAUUUAUGUCACUGAAGUACAAGAAAAUAGCCCAGCAGCAAAAGCUGGUCUGCGGAUGAAUGACAAGAUUCUGCAGUGUAAUGGGUACGAUUUGACCAUGUGCACUCACAAGAAGGCUGUCGACUACAUCAAGAAAUAUCCCGUUUUGAAUAUGCUGGUUGCUCGCAAAGGAGUAACACAUUCGUGAGCACAACAGUUUGGACGCGUUUGGACGACGAGGACCAUUAUAUCAGCUUUAUAUAGAUAUUUAAAUAUGAUUUAUUGAGUUGGGGGAAAAAAAACGAGCCGUUUCAGUAAAAUUGAAUUUUAUGUCGACUCUGCUCGUUUCCACCCCCCUUAUUGCUGGCGGCUUUCAUCAUUUUCUAAUCAAUUUAUGCUUUUCCUCUCUGUCACCUCCCUUCCAAUUUGUGCUACAAAAUUCAAAGAAGAGUCGCAGUAUAAUGUUGGAUCGUGUCGUGCCAGUGCCAAAGUUCCCUCAUGAUAUUGUUUUUCAUUUUGUCGAAUGAAUGAUGUUGUUGUUUUUCUUCUUCUUCUUUUUCUUUCUAAAAGAACAAACCCAACGCAAUAUUUUGCUGAUUGACUGGAGCCGAUCGUUGAACUUGUCAUCUUCCUUCUGUCUGUGAAACUGCUUUCAAAUUAAAUUUCAAUAAAAAUUCAAGACGAAAAAAAAAAAUAGAAUAAAAUCGUUUGGCGCUGCCACCGAA